AUGGACUCGCCGUAUCUGUCGGAAAGGCAGUUAACUGAAUUGCAUAAAUCCAUUGUUCAGUAUCUUGGAUCUAAAGCAGAUCGGGACUCCGAUAAUGAUUACACAUUACUUGACUAUCUAAAGAAAAUAUACGAGCUCGAAAAGCAAUUACAGGAACAGACUAAGAUCAUCGAAGAUUAUGAUACACUACUCCAGAAUGGUAACGGCAGUACUGUCACCAGGGAUAAAUAUCAUUGGUUUCCCAAGAGGGUGCGCGCUACACUCAGGUAUCAUCAGGCAUCUGUUACUGCUCUGGCUUUUCAUCCAUACAACCCAAUACUGGUAACGGCUGGCCAGGACGGAGACCAUCAACAGUCUUUGCUUUCAGCAUACAGCCACUUCAGUGACUCGUCUGUUUAUCUUGCGUCUGCUUCUUCUGAUUUACUGGUUAAGAUUUGGGAUCUCAAUAGCACCGCUUACAAUGUACCUAUCCGUACCCUUUCGGGCCAUAGUCAUCUCGUUUCUGCUGCACUCUUCAGUAAGAUCGAUCCUUCUAAACUAGUAACCUCGUCAAGAGAUUGCACGAUCAAAGUGUGGGAUGUGACUUCCGGUUGGUGUAUCAAGACUAUUCAAGGCCAUUCGGACUGGGUGAGAAAUCUCGACUUGGUGUCAGACUCUGAAGGUGAUGAGUUUUUACUCAGUUGUUCCAACGACCAGUCCGUACGAUUGACUCAUCUAAACUCUGGCACUGGUAUAGGGCUUUGCAUAGGACAUGAGCAGGUCGUUGAGGACGUUGUAUUCAUACCAUUGCAAAGGGAGACUAAGGAGAUUGAUGAUCCACUCUACUUAAAGUUGAACUACAAAUACUGUGCCAGUUGCGGUCGUGAUAAUCUUAUCAAAAUUUGGAAAUUGCCUCUACCAGAUCUGACUACUGGUGUUCCUAGGCCUAGUGCUGAUCCCAGAGGUAAGCUGGUAUAUCAAAUUGAAGGACAUACCACUUGGGUGCGUAAAUUAGCUAUUCAUCCCAACGGUCAAUUUCUUGUCAGCUGUUCUGACGACAAGACCAUCAAGUUCUGGGAUUUGAAGUCAAUUUUCAGUGCAAUCGAAGGGGGAUCGGUAGAUGCCUCUGCAUCCGGCGGAAUUCGUCCAACUGUCAUCUUGAAAGAUCAUGAGAAUUUUGUCAACGUGAUUCGAUUCGCAGAUCCAGUGCUUGCUGAUGACUACGCGAAGUUUGCCCACAGUACUGAUGAGAAGGACCAACACAAAGCCAAGAAACUGCUAGCUCAGGGAAUUAGGUGCUAUCUCGCCAGCGGGUCUGCCGACAACACCGUCAAAGUAUGGGUGUAG